GAAGAGUAAUCUAUCCUGCCCUCUUAAAAAAAUGGUGUUGAUCCACAUCAGUAAAGCACCAAUCAGCAAAAAACAACGACCACCACGAAAUCCAAAAACACAUGAUGUUUCUCUCUCUAAUGUCUGGAUUGUGUAGUAGUCGUACGCAUCCUUCACUAAUCACCAGAUAAGAUAUGGAGGAUUGCACUAUUAUGAAUGAAAUUCCUCAAAGGCUAUAGUGAGACAACUAAACGUCACUCAAAAGUCUGUAGUUUGCUUUCCUGUUGCUUUCAUCUUUCUUUUUUCUCUCAGGAAUUAAUUGUUACUACUACUGCUCGUACUAGUUAGGAUUAGGAUUAUUAUAAAUAAAUACAUAAAGCACUGAAUGCCAAAAUGGGUUCUGCUUCUGGAUCUAGAGCAUCACAUUCUCAUAUCAAUCUUCAUAACCCUUCUCAUUCAAUGAGUAAAGCUAUUGCUCAAUAUACUGUUGAUGCUCGUUUACAUGCUGCUUUUGAGCAGUCUGGGGAGUCUGGUAAGUCUUUUGACUACUCCCAAUCUUUUAAAACUUCUACCAUUCAUUCUGUUCCUGAACACCAAAUUACUGCUUAUUUGUCUAAAAUUCAAAGAGGUGGUCUUAUUCAGCCUUUUGGGUGUAUGAUUGCUAUUGAUGAAUCCUGUUUUAGGGUCAUUGCUUACAGUGAAAAUGCUAAAGAAAUGUUGGGUCUUAAUCCUCACACAGUUCCUUCUAUGGAGUUUGAAAAGCCUGAGAUUUUGAUGAUUGGAACGGAUGUUAGAACCCUUUUUAUGCCUUCUAGUAUUGUACUCUUAGAAAAGGCUUUUGGAGCUAGAGAAAUUACUCUUUUGAACCCUAUUUGGAUUCAUUCCAAGUAUUCUGGGAAACCCUUUUAUGCAAUUUUGCAUAGAAUUGAUGUUGGGAUAGUUAUUGAUCUUGAACCUGCUAGAACUGAAGACCCUGCCCUCUCCAUUGCUGGUGCUGUUCAGUCUCAGAAGUUAGCUGUGAGGGCUAUUUCACAUUUGCAGUCUUUACCUGGUGGAGAUAUUAAGCUUUUGUGUGAUACAGUAGUUGAGUGUGUAAGGCAGCUUACUGGUUAUGAUAGGGUUAUGGUGUAUAAAUUUCAUGAAGAUGAACAUGGAGAGGUUGUGGCUGAGAGUAAACGGCAUGACUUAGAGCCUUAUAUUGGAUUACAUUAUCCUGCCACAGAUAUACCUCAGGCAUCGAGGUUUUUGUUCAAGCAAAACCGGGUUAGGAUGAUUGUUGACUGUAAUGCCAAAUCUGUCAAUGUUGUUCAGGAUGAACGGCUUCAGCAACCUCUUUGCCUGGUUGGUUCAACACUUAGGGCUCCUCAUGGUUGCCAUUCUCAGUAUAUGGCUAAUAUGGGAUCAAUUGCGUCUUUAGUCAUGGCGGUGAUUAUCAAUGGAAAUGAAGAUGAAAAUACAACAGGUAGGAAUACAAUGAGAUUAUGGGGUUUGGUGGUAUGCCAUCACACAUCACCACGGUCUAUUCCUUUUCCGCUUAGAUAUGCUUGUGAGUUCUUAAUGCAGGCUUUUGGUCUCCAAUUGAACAUGGAGUUGCAAUUAGCAUCACAAAUAUUGGAGAAACGCGUACUAAAGACUCAAACACUUUUAUGUGAUAUGCUUCUUAGAGAUUCUCCUAUUGGAAUUGUUACUCAAAGCCCAAGUAUUAUGGAUCUUGUAAAGUGUGAUGGGGCAGCCCUCUUGUACCAAAGUAAAUAUUAUCCCUUAGGUGUAACCCCAACUGAGGCUCAAAUAAAGGAUAUUGUACAGUGGUUAUUGGCUUACCAUGGGGACUCUACAGGUCUGAGCACGGAUAGUUUAGCUGAUGCUGGUUACCCAGGGGCAGCUGCACUUGCUGAUGAAGUUUGUGGUAUGGCUGUUGCUUAUAUCACUCAAAGAGACUUUCUAUUUUGGUUUAGGUCACACACUGCAAAUGAAAUCAAGUGGGGCGGUGCAAAGCACCAUCCGAAAGACAAGGAUGAUGUACAAAGGAUGCAUCCACGUUCUUCAUUUAAAGCUUUUUUGGAAGUUGUCAAAAGUCGGAGUUUGCCAUGGGAGAAUGCGGAGAUGGAUGCAAUUCAUUCAUUGCAGCUUAUUUUGCGGGAUACUUUCAAGGAUGAAGCUGUCAAUUCGAAGGUUGUUUUACAUACUGGUGUUGGGGAUUUGGAGAUGCAAGGAGUGGAUGAGCUAAGUUCAGUUGCAAGAGAAAUGGUUAGGUUGAUUGAAACUGCAACAGCACCAAUAUUUGCUGUUGAUGUUAAUGGCUGUAUUAAUGGAUGGAAUGCCAAGGUUGCUGAGUUGACUGGGCUUUCUGUAGAGGAAGCUAUGGGAAAAUCUUUAGUUCAUGAACUUGUGUACAAAGAAUCUGAAGAAAUUGUUCAGGACCUUCUUCAUCAUGCUCUUAGAGGCGAAGAAGAUAAGAAUGUUGAGAUAAAGUUGAAAACAUUUGGCUCGGUGGAGCACACGAAAGCUGUGUACGUGGUUGUCAAUGCUUGCUCUAGUAAAGACUACUCAAACAAUAUAGUUGGAGUUUGCUUUGUUGGCCAAGAUGUUACAGGCCAAAAAAUUGUAAUGGAUAAAUUUAUCAAUAUACAGGGUGACUAUAAAUCUAUUAUUCAUAGCCCAAAUCCUUUGAUUCCCCCUAUUUUUGCUUCAGAUGAGAAUACUUGUUGCACAGAGUGGAACACUGCCUUGGAAAAUCUCACUGGGUGGAGUAGAGGAGAAGUCAUAGGAAAGAUGUUGGUUGGAGAAAUUUUUGGUGCUUUUUGCCAACUAAAGGGUCAAGAUGCUUUGACCAAAUUCAUGAUCGUUUUGCAUAGCGCUAUUGGGGGGCAGGACACCGAUAAAUUUCCAUUUUCUUUUUAUGAUCGCAAUGGAAAAUUUGUGCAAGCACUCUUAUCUGCAAAUAAGAGGGUUAACAUGAAUGGUCAAAUUAUUGGAGCUUUUUGUUUCUUGCAAAUUGCAAGUCCCGAAUUGCAACAAGCAUUAAAAGUCCAAAGACAACAGGAUAAAUUAAGCUUUGAAAGCAUGAAGGAAUUGGCUUAUCUUUGUCAAGAAAUAAAGAAUCCCCUAAACGGAAUUCGUUUUGCUAACUCACUUUUGGAAGCAACAGAUUUGAGUGAAGAUCUGAAGCAAUUUAUUGAGACUAACAGUGCUUGCGAAAAGCAAAUUCGGAAGAUUAUAGAGGACAUCAAUUCAGAAAUUUUUGACGAUAACACCUUGAAGCUAGACAAGGCAGAGUUUAUAUUGGGAAGUGUCAUAAAUGCCGUUGUGAGCCAAGUCAUGAUAUCACUGCGAGAAAGGGGCUUACAGCUGAUUAGGGAUAUCCCUGAAGAAAUCAAAACUCUGACGAUUUGCGGGGAUCAAAUUAGAAUACAACAGAUCUUGGCAGAGUUUUUGGCGAGUAUGAUUCGUUAUGCGCCAUCACCUGAUGGUUGGGUAGAGAUUCAUGUUCAACCAAGGCUUAAACAGAUAACUGAUGGCCAAAAUGUUGUUUACAUUGAAUUCAGGUUGGUAUGUCCAGGCGAAGGCCUUCCUACAGAUUUGGUUCAGGAUAUGUUCCGAAACAAUAAAUGGACAACGCAAGAAGGCGUUGGGCUGAGCAUGUGCCGGAGAAUUUUAAAGCAUAUGAAUGGCGAGGUUCAAUACAUAAGAGAGUCCGAAAGAAGUUACUUCCUCAUCAUCCUCGAAUUUCCUAUGCCUUGGAGGGGACUAAAGGGUGUUGACUAGUAUGCAUACAACAUCUAGGUUGAUUGCAGUAUUAAAAUACAAUUAGGUUGUAGUUUCAAUGAAAGCAGGUAUAUCCUGGCAUCUUGAGAUUUUCUUAUAUAGUGUGGACUGUGGGGGGUCUUGAUCGUAGAAAAAUAUGUAUGUUAAUGUACUUAUAUGAUUGUAGAUUGAGUGAUUCCCCUCACGUGAGCAAAUGCAUAAAUAAAUAAAAUUAUUGUAUGGAUAGCCUAUUAUCUGAGCAAGGCAAAUUAUUUGGCUUAAA